CCGAUGAGUGACCUCUAGGACCGUCCUAGCUGCAGGAUCUCAGCACAGCCCCACCAAUCAAAUCUGGGCAAUGUCCCAAGGUGCACAAUAACAGUAUACAUUGCGACGGACGGAAGAGGGUGGAGAGCAAUGUGGACUCACGGGCAGAGAUAGUACACAGACUCAACCAUCCCGACACGUUUGUUCAUGUGAAACGUUUGAGGACGAACGCGGAUAAAAAUGUCAGUGGCCGGAUUGAAGAAACAGUUUCACAAAGCAAGUCAGUUGCUAAAGGAAAAGAUCAAUGGAGUUGAAGGAACAAAAUUGGAUGAGGAAUUCCUCAACAUGGAAAGGAAAACUGAUAUUACCCACAAACUGAUUCUCGACCUUGUUCCAAAAACUAUAGGAUAUCUUCAGCCAAACCCAGCAUACAGAGCAAAGCUCAGCAUGCUCAACACAGUGUCCAAAAUCCGUGGGCAGGUGAAGUCUGUGGGAUAUCCCCAGACUGAGGGCAUUCUGGGAGAUAGCAUGCUCCGCUAUGGCAAUGAACUUGGAGCUGAGUCUGGUUUUGGAUACGCUCUGCUUGAAAUGGGAGAGGCGUUAAAACAAGUAGCCCAGGCAAAAGACUGCAUGGAUGUCCGAGUGAAGCGAACCUUCAUUGAUCCUCUGCAGUCCCUGCAGCACACAGAGCUGAAGGAAAUUGCGUAUCAUCUGAAAAAACUUGAAGGUCGCCGUCUAGAUUUUGAUUACAAGAAAAGGCGAAAAGGAAAGAUUGCAGACUCUGAAAUUAAGAAAGCAUUUGAAAAGUUUGAAGAAUCCAAAGAGCUGGCUGAGAGAAGCAUGUUUAAUCUCCUAGAGAGAGAUGUACAACGGACACAGCACCUCUCAGGGCUUUUAGAAGCAGUAAUGGACUACCACCGCCAGUCAUACCAGAUUCUAGAAAAUCUUAGGAGUAGUUUGCAGACCAGGAUAACAGACGCAAGCAAUCGACCCAAAAGGGAAUUUGCAUCGAAAUCAGUUGCGAGCACAGCGUGCUACACGGAUAUUUAUGGAUUUUCCACAUGCUCAUCCGGUCAGUCAUCAGAUACUGAGAUUACUGAAGCAUUAAGUGAAAAAUAUGCACCGGUUGUGGUUCACCCUCCUGACAAAGUCACCAUUAAAGAUCAAAAAACAGACAAACGGACCAGCAACAAUGAUAGCAGCCCCCCCCUUGGAUCAGCCUUGUUGUCAGGCGCUUUACAGUUUCCAGUCAGAAAACCAGGGUGAGCUGGGUUUUAAGGAGGGCGACAUCAUCAUUCUGACCAGCCAGAUCGACGAGAACUGGUAUGAGGGUAUGAUCAGAGGGGAGGCUGGCUUAUUUCCCAUGAACUACGUCAAAGUCCUUGUACCUCUGCCACAGUGACGGCGGGAAGGCGCUACAGCUGGACAACAUGAACUGUGCCAGUUUUUGGAGAUUCAGAAACUCUGAUUAUUUGAUAAACAUUAAUAUGUGAAGCACUUCUGAGCCUUUGCUGUAUAUUUAUCUAUAUUAUCACUAUGCAAAGUCAUGUACCCUGCCUUGUAUUCCUUAUCUGAUUUUUUUUUUUUUAUAAAUCUUAAAAUGUUAAAUAAAUAUGCUGCUAUAUUAAAGUUUAUGUUAUAUGUGCACUAUGAAUGUACACGUUUUUAAAUAACACUUGUAAUGUUUUUUUUUAAAGACGUCUCUUCUGCAGAAAUAUAAUGUUUUCUAUUUGAAUGUGUUUCUGUGAUUUCAAAGCUAAAUUUUUAGCAUCAUUACUUCAGUCACAUGAUCCUUCAGAAAUCAUUCUAAUAUUCUGAUUUGCUGCUCAAGAAACAUUUAUUAUUAUUAUUUAUUAUUACGUUGGAAACAGCUGAGUAGAUUUUUUUUUUUUCUUGGAUGAAUAGAAAGUUCAGAAAAACAGCAUUUAUCUGAAAUAGAAAUCUUUUGUAACAUUAUAAAUCUUUAUUAUAACUUUUGAUUUAAAACAUCCUUGCUGAAUAAAAGUAUUAAUUUCUGUAAUUUAUUUCCCAGAAACAAACAAACAAACAAACAAAAAACUAUGAUGCUGAAAAUUAAGCUUUGAUCAAAGGAAUAAAUUACAUUUUUAAAAUAUAUUUAAAUAGAAAAAAGUUAUUUUAAAUAAUAAAAAUAUUUCAAAAUGUUACUGUUUUUGCUGUACUUUGGAUCAAAUAAAUGCAGGCCUGGUGAGCAGAAGAGACUUCCUUAAAAAACAUUAAAAAUCUUACUGUUCAAAAACUUUUGACUGGUAGUGUAUAUGAUCAUUUUAAUGCAAUAUGGCCAUAGACUGAUUAGUUUAUAUUUCUCUCAUUUUUAAAGCACUCAUUAAACAUCACAUUACUUCUCAGGAGUGAUGUUAUUUUGUUC